AGGGGCAGAGUUUCGUUGAGCGGGAUCACAAGCAGUACAGACUGUCUUACAGCAACACUGUAUCUACUUACGUGCCCGGAGGUUUAAUCAGAAUGGCUCUUGUACGGACUGUUCUCAUGGCGUGGCUCCUAGCAGUGCUGAGCUUAGAUAGAACUGCAGCACAAUCAGAAGUCCAUGCCUCCGUUGGGGAGAACGUGAUCCUGCCAUGUACCUGCUCUACCAUAACUGAAAAAGUUGUAUGGCAAGCUGGUAAAACUAUUGUGAACCAUUAUAAGAAGUCAGCGGAAAAGACAAAUGAACCAGAUCAUCCAUACAAGAACAGGAGUCUCUUCCUGAGUGAAGGAAUUAAGGAACGCCAAUGUUCUCUGCUUCUACGCCAAGUGACUGAGGCUGAUGAGAAGAAAUAUACAUGUUACACCAUGGAUGACGACAAAUCUCUCAAUGAAUCCCAUGUUUAUUUGAAAAUUAACCAAAGAAGAGUAGAAACACCCACCCAACAACCACCUCCAAACACGGUUGCCGCUUCCUUAUCACUGGUGGCUAUCAUGGUAAUAAUUCUGGCAAUCAUAAUAAUUGGGAUCAUGCUAAAGAGGAGACGUCGUCAAAGAAUGUUACAGGAGAAUCAUCUGGACCCACAAUCUGGACUUCCAAUAAUGGAUCACAGCCCUGUGUGACGAAGACCACAAAGUUUACCUUCAUUCCUGGGUGAGCCAUGAAUCAUGGCUUGGACAGCUUGGACAGUACGAGAUUAACAGCUGGACUGUUCUUGGGCAUUUGGAAUUGUGUUCAUGGUGUUGAUCACCUGUAUACAUAUUCUAUUGUACUGUAAUGUACAUUUUUACAGAAAUUGAUUUGGUAGGCUUUUUUUCUACUGUGAUCGAUUGUACUAGGGCAGAUGUUUCUGCAGCGGGGGAGCGAUACUGUGAAAUUGCAGCUUGACAACAUUUUCAGACAUUCAAAUUUCACAUGAUAAUCUUAUCUCUCAGUGUUUUGAUAUUAAAGUAAGCAGUGCUGUCUUUGGACUGGAACAGGAAAAACAGGUCAUAGUAGACACAUGAAACCUGUAUUUUGGGGGGGGUUACCAUGUUGGAAAACAAGUGCCGAAUUACUGAAUGUACAGUGUUGUCAGGGCUUGAACAGAACUAGUGAAAACAUGCAGGAAGUAGGUGAAAGGUUAAUGAAUGUAUUAAAGUAACUAAGUGAGAGAUGAAUGAAACUGAAUCUGGAAGAACAGAGAGAGUGAAUAGCUUCCUGGAUAUCGUUUUACUUGCUGUCCAAUCAUAUUGUACUUUUUCUGAAGGUCAGUGGUGCAUUAAAUCAAAAGGACAUUCACUGAAUAACAGAGGGACACCAUCACCCAAAUGUUAUUCUGUGCUCUAUUCAUUGAGAGUAGAAAUGGAUCAGAUGUGUGCUUUGGCAUUACUUUUUAUAAUUGAUUUUAUACUUAACCUAUCCAUCUGGGAUGGCUUUCUUUUGGUGUGUGUUUUCAUUCUUGUAGUGUACUCCCUAUGGGAUAGAUUUGCUUGCUUGUAUUUAAUACAACAUAUAUUUUUGUAAAGCAGAAUUAUGGAUGUUAUCACCACCAAUAAACUUGUUUUGUAUAUAUUA